AUGUCCCCAGCAGCUGCACCGAUGCUGCCCGGGGACGUGAUCUUCUCCUGGCAGCUGGACCCUUUCUAUGCCUCCAUCAUCCUGUUUGUGGGGCGAGCCUGGGAUGCCGUCACGGACCCCAUGGUGGGCUUCUUCAUCAGCAAAACAUCAUGGACCCGCUUUGGCCGCCUGAUGCCCUGGAUCAUCUUCUCCACCCCGUUUGCUGUCAUCUCCUACUUCCUCAUCUGGUUUGUGCCAAACAUCUCCAGAGGUCAAGUGAUGUGGUACCUCGUCUUCUACUGCGUCUUCCAGACCCUUGUGACGUGCUUCCACGUGCCCUACUCGGCGCUGACCAUGUUCAUCAGCAGGGAGCAGAGUGAGCGGGACUCGGCCACUGCUUACCGUAUGACGGUGGAAGUGCUGGGCACUGUGUUGGGCACCGCCAUCCAGGGCCAGAUCGUGGGCAAGGUGGUUACUCCCUGCAUCGAGAGCCCUUUCUUCAUCGGCAAGACCAACUCCUCAGUGGCCAUGGAGGAGCUAAACAUGACCCACGACACCGGGUCGCUCACGGACACGAGAAAUGCCUACAUGAUCGCUGCGGGGGUCAUCGGGGGACUCUACAUCCUCUGUGCCGUGAUCCUGUCGGUGGGCGUGCGGGAGAAGAGAGAGUCCUCUGAGCUCCAGCCGGAUGAGCCCGUCUCCUUCUUCCAGGGGCUGAAGCUGGUGAUGAACCAUGGUGCCUACAUCAAGCUCAUCGCCGGCUUCCUCUUCACCUCGCUGGCCUUCAUGCUGCUGGAGGGCAACUUUGCCCUCUUCUGCACCUACACCCUGGGCUUCCGCAACGAGUUCCAGAACAUCCUCCUGGCCAUCAUGCUCUCAGCCACCUUGACCAUUCCCCUCUGGCAGUGGUUCCUUACCCGCUUUGGGAAGAAGACAGCUGUCUACGUGGGCAUCUCGUCUGCCAUCCCCUUCCUCAUCAUGGUGGCUGUCCUGGACAGUAACCUCAUCGUCACCUACAUCGUGGCCGUUGCAGCUGGGAUCAGCGUCGCAGCUGCCUUCCUCCUGCCCUGGUCCAUGCUCCCAGACGUCGUAGAUGACUUCAAGCUGCAGCACCCCAAUUCCCACGGCCAUGAAGCUAUCUUCUUCUCCUUCUACGUCUUCUUCACGAAGUUCACCUCUGGGGUCUCCCUGGGCAUCUCCACGCUCAGUUUAGACUUUGCAGGGUACCAGACCCGGGGCUGCUCCCAGCCCAGCGAGGUGAACUUCACGCUGAAGAUGCUGGUGUCGGCCGUGCCCGUGGGGCUGAUCCUGCUGGGCCUGCUCCUGUUCAAGCUGUACCCCAUCGACGAGGAGAAGCGGAGGAAAAACAAGAAAGCCCUGCAGGACUUAAGGGAGGAGAGCAACAGCAGCUCGGACUCGGACAACACAGAACUGGCCAGCAUCGUGUGA